AUGUUACGUAGCUAGUAGAAGUAUCUCGAAGUAUAUUAAGAAAUUUAUUCUAAGAUCCCUUAGAUAGUGUCAAUGUUCUAUUAAAAGUAAAUAUACGAUCCGAGACUUAAAAAAGAAAAUGGUUUCAAUGCUUUUUAUUAUGAUGAAUCCACACUUUAAUUAAUCCCUGAAUAAGAGGGGAGAUACGCUGAUCCAGAACCAUUAUAAAUCAAUUCUUCAUUAGAUACUUAAUUUCCAUAAAUUCUCUAGAAUAUUAACCAUAAAAUAAACUAACGAAAAUUGAAAGAAAAGAUUCAAAGUAUUGAAUUGGAGAUGAUUAUUACCGAUGAAGACUAGUUCAAACAGAAAGACUAAAAUUUUUAAGCUAAGAGCGAAUUCAUUUUGAAAUAAUUUGCUAUAAAUCUGUAAUAAGUCAAAGAUCUGAUUAAAUUAGAAAUUACUGACAUGAACGAUUGUAUACAAGUCUAAUAAUUAGACGCAUUGCAAUACAGAGAUCAUCUUUCAGUCAGAAUGAUUUGUUAUAACAAAAAGCUCAGAAAUAUACUAUGCUAUAGGUAAUAUUUAAAUGAUGAUGAGGACAGGAAAUAUACAAAAGAUUACCUAUAAACCAAACUCCCUAGAACAAUGGAUAAUCAUCUAAAUUAAAUAAUUAAAAAAAUACCAUUAAGUCAUUUGGAUGCUGCGAAAAGAACAGUAGAAAAUAUCACAUUAUAAAUAUCUUAAGAGUUAUUAAAGGAUGAAUACGUUAGUACUAUACUUAGCAACACUAAAAAUUGGCUAAAGUAUGAUAAAAAACUUUAUCUUGAGAAAAUCUAAAAAGGUUUAUGCUAAAUUUACAGUAGUAAUUGA